AUGAGUGCACAGCUAAAAAGAGGGGAAAUAGUGGGGAAGGAAAACACCACAGGACUCGUUAUAGGUAAAUGGAAGGACAAAAGGGAUGUUCCGUUCUUGAGUACUAAGCACACGCUGGAUAUAAAGGCUACUGGGAAGAAAAACAGAAAGAGCGAGGAGAUAAAGAAACCUUCUGCAAUAUUAGAAUAA